CGAGCGGAGCGCGCGCUGCGUUUACUGGCGAUGGGAAUGUAGAGUGACUGUUUUGACGGAAACCACGUGACACAUCUGCUUGGCUUAGGACGUCCCCUGUCUCCUGGGUCCACAACAAACAGGUCACGCAGAUAAGAGGGUUGUGAGUACCUCUCCGUGGGCUGACAGCGUGUCGGUGUUUAUAUCCACUGGAUUUUUGAAUUCAGUUAUUCUUUUCCGUGAUUCAUAUUACGAUAUUUACGCUGAUGGGACAUGGUGAUGGCUUCUACGUCGACAACAUCCAGAGGAAACAUGACGUCUGAUUCGGAGAUGUCAAACCUCCAAGGCAUCGAGGCCUUGAAGCUGAGAGUCGGUCCCGCCCGGAGGAACCUCUUCGGCCCAGUCGACCACCAGCAGCUCCAGCAGGAAUUCCAGCAGCUCCUCAGAAUGAGCGUGGAGGUCGCCAACAAGCGCUGGAACUUCGACUUCCAGAGGGACAUGCCAGGCGAGGGGGCGAGCGUGGAGUGGGAGGGGCUGAGGUGCCAGGACGUGCCGGCGUUUUACAGGACCUGCUUGGUAAAGCCUCGGGUCACAGCGAGAAGAAACGUGAGGAGCAACUCCCUGUCAUCAGACGAGGACAGCUCCCCCGUCUCCAGCAGCUCGUCAGGCUCCGGAGACGAGUACCUGGAAGUGACCACAAGAGGGCGCUACCAACUAGAGCGGCUAGAAAAACGCAAACAGUCGGCUAUCACAGAUUUCUUUAAGGUGAAAAAGAGGAAGCUUCUGCAUUGCAAAACGUCCUCUCGGCAGUAGAAAAGUGUAACCACCUCCAGAGGAACAUCACUAAGUGCUCUCCACUUCUCUACACUCAACCUGAUGUAGAUCUUUUGUAUAUAUGUAGCAAUUUAAUCCAGACAUUUAAUAAGCUCAUACAAGCUUGGGCCUUAAAACCUUGGAAUUCACCUCGCGUUUAAUUUUCAGCACAAGGAAGCUACCUAAUUUAGUCAGGCUCGGAUUCUAGUAUUCUGUGGAUAUAUAUAUUAUAUAUAUAUAUAUAGAUAUAUAGAUAUAUAUAUACUUAUACUGUAUUUUUCUAAACGGUUUUGCUCAGCUUUUUACAAUACUGUGAAAUAAUUGCAAAUGCACUCAUUCAGGAUCCUAAAACAGAAAAAAUAGGAUACCAGAUUAUAGAGGUUGAUAUUAGUCUCUGAUCUGUUCAUUUAUUAGUAUUAUAAUUAUUUUGUUCCAACUCAUUCCCUGUUAUCGAUCUUAGCAGUUUCCUACUGCCGGCAUGCUCAGCACACGCUGUGCUUUGGUUUCACCCAGAGGCUCUAAAAGCUUGAGUCAGAUCAGGGGUCAAAAAACGGCCGCAUCCCUUUCAUUAGCUCCAGCCUGGAGCGUAGUAGUAAAAAUUAUUUAUAUUUGUCACGUUGCAAGAUUAUUUUCUAAAAUAAUAGCUAAAAAAAAAAGAGCAUAACCAUAAUCCGUUGUGGAAAACGAGGUAAGAUAAAGGGCCACAAACUGCCGUGCCUUGCAGCAUUUGAACUUGAUGACAAUCUCUGUAACACUCCCAACUUUGUAAAUCUAUAAAGGCUUUAAACAGGAAGUCACUAAAAACUCCAAAGUU